AAAUUUUGGAGUGGAUUGAAUAUAAUAGAUUUGAAAAUGUUGAAUAUUUGGCCAAAGGAGGAUUUGGAACUAUUUAUAGAGCAAUUUGGAAAGAUGGAUAUAUAAAAAAUUGGGAUUCUGAAAAUAAUCAAUGGAAAAGAAGUAAAAGUUGUGAUAAAAAUCAUGAAAAUUUUCCAGUUGUUUUAAAAUGUUUACAUAAUUCUCAGGAUAUUUCAGACUUUUUAAGAGGAGUAAGUUACUUGUUUAUAUAAUUAUUAGGAUAUUGUCCUUUAUAAAAGCUAAACUGAUUAUUAUUUAUUAUUUAUAAAUUCAUUUUUAGAUAGAAUCAAAUCUUUUUACAUGUUACCAAGAUAAUGUAAUUCACUGCUAUGGCAUUACUAAAGAUCCAGAAUCUAAUAAUUUUAUGAUGGUAAUGCAAUGUGCAGAAAAUGGCAAUUUAAGACAGCGCUUAAAUUAUAGUUUUAAUUCUAUGAAAUGGGGAGAAAAAUUGGAUAUUUUACGAAGGAUUGCAAUGGGCCUUGAAAACAUUCAUGACAAAGGAUUAGUUCAUUGUAAUUUUCAUUGUGGUAAUAUAUUAAAUAGUUAUAAUAAUUUUACCCUUAUUUCUGAUUUAGAAUUAUGUAGACCAGCAAAUUUAAUACCUUCUCAAGAUGACUAUAAAAAAAUAUAUGGAGUGUUACCCUAUGUAGCGCCUGAAGUUUUAAGAGAAGGAGAAUAUACUCAAAAAAGUGAUAUUUAUGCAUUUGGAAUUAUUGCAUAUGAAGUCUAUACAGGGCUUCCUCCUUAUCAUGAUAUUGCUCAUGAUAAAAUCUUAGCUAUUAGCAUUUGUCAAGGGCUUAGGCCAAAAUCUAGUUAUAAAAUUCCUCAAGUAAUUUUGGACAUAAUUAAACAAUGUUGGGAUGCUGAUCCUUUAAAACGACCUUACGCAGGAAAAUUUCGUGAAUUAUUAGAUGAUGUAAAUAGUGAUGAAUUCAAUAAGCAAAGUGAAGAAGCAGAUAAAAUUAAUGAGAAGUUAACUUCCACUCUUUCAUAUACUACAAAUCCUCAUGCAGUUUAUACAAGUCGACUUUUAGACUUUAAAAAUCUACCAGAACCAAAAAAUGCUAUUGUUAACAAAGAUGAUGAUAAUUCAAUUCAAUUGGAGAAUAUUCAGAAUCCAUAGAAGCAAUAGAUUUUACUAAACUCGACCUAGACGAAAACAACCAAAGAAAAAGAAAAGGAAGAAAAUUUACAAAUAUACAGAAUAUAAAUUUCUUUAUUUGUGUCUAUUAUUUACUAUUUAUUUCUUUAUCA